AAAAGUUUUCAUUAAAAUUAAAAUAAGACUUGACCUAAAGGUCUUAGUCUACUAGGUCAUAAAAUCCCAUAAAAAAAGGGAAUGUGUAUGGAGCAUAGAUUAGACACAUUACAAAAAUAAAAAGAAAAUUGAGUGUAAAUACCUCCUAAUAAGAAACGCAUUUUUUGAAUUGUGUAUCAAAUAAAAGAAGAAAAAUAAUGAGUUUAGUAAUUAAACAAGGAAACUGUUGUUUAAUAGAUCACUGGGAAUUUAUAGCUAAAUUAUAUAAGGAUGUUUUAUUUGAAGAAAAUUACCAAUCGUAUACGUUAUCAGCCAAACUCUUUUCGAUUACUUCUGAAGUUCGUACUAGGAAACGAAAAAAAGUUUACGAGGAAUUAAGUAUAGAGACUUCCAAGAUUAAAAGAAUGUAUGAAGAAUUUAUAGCAAAAGUGCCAAAUUCGAUAAAAGAGAGAAUUUCACAAAAAUACAAUAUUUUGGAUACAUCGUCAGUAAGAGACUUUUCGGCAUCAUUAUUUCAGUCAACAAUUUUUGAUCAUCACAGUAUAAACGGUGGUAGCACGUCCGACAUACCGUUAAAAUGUAAAAUACAAAAUGAAUACUUUCUGAUACCACCAAAUUCAAGGUUUUAUUAUGGCUCUGUAAAUGAAGAAUGUCAUAAACUUGACAGUGGUAUAUUUGAUCUUGUGAUCGCUGAUCCUCCAUGGUGGAAUAGAUAUAUCAGAAGAUUGAAAAAUGCCAAUGAACAGCUAAGUUACGAGAUGAUGUACAAUGAGGACAUAGCAGCGAUACCGUUGUCAAAUCUUUUAUCAUCGAAUUGUCUCGUGGCCGUCUGGUGUACGAAUUCCCCUGCAAACAUACAGGCGGUCAAGAACUUGAUAUUCCGCAACUGGGGCGUGCGGUACGUCGCCUCGUGGCACUGGUUGAAGGUGGCGGUGGACCUGUCGCCAAUCUGCCCCUUCGGAACGGGCUCCACGAAACAGCCCUACGAAAUGCUGAUCAUAGGUAAAGUCGGUAGCGUUGCACCCAUACCGGACGGUCAGUUAAUAGUCAGCAUUCCGAGCGCCCUGCAUUCUCACAAACCUCCGUUGUUGGAUCUGCUCAAGCCGUACAUAAACAAGGAGCAGCCGCGGAUAUUAGAAUUAUUCGCGCGAUACUUGUUACCGAACACGACGAGCGUCGGUUACGAGCCGUUGAAAUGGCAACACAUAUCCUUGUACGAGACGGUGGACAUGUAAAUGCAUUCAUAUUUACAAUCUCGGAGUGAAGGAGAGAUGGAAAGAGUUUGGAGGAAUCGACGAAAGAGAAGAUAUUUGAAGAAAGAGAAGAAAGAAGAAAGAGAAUUGUUCGGGAGACCAACGGUCCGGAUACUGUGAUUUGAAACUUAUACAUAUUAUGCAAACUAAUUUUAGAAGACUGUCGCGAUUCUGGCUUCUGUCAUAUAUCUUCUGUUUAACGAUGGUCACUGCUACAUAUUAGACUAUUUUAGGCGUCUGUUCGUAACAUGUUUUUUCUAUUGCCCUUGUAGGCAGACGAGUAUACGGCCCACCUGAUGGUGAGUGGUCACCGUCGCCCAUAGACUUCAGCAAUGCCAGGUGCAGAACCAAGCCGCUGCCUACCCUUAAGUACUUUCCACAAGCCUCGUUUGAAGAAGGACAUGUCAUAGCGCUCGGGGAACACCGUGGAGGGGAGUUCAUUCCAAAAGCCGGUACAAAUAAAUAAAUUACGCACAAAAUUUUAUAAAUAAAAGUUUAUUGUAUAUUGUAGUAUUAUCGCAUAGCUGUAUGAAAUUAGAUUAGUUUAAAUAAAUAAAUAUAUAAAUAAGGAAAAUUAACUCUUCCCGUUAACGACAAUCUCGGUUUUCUUGGUCUUUUUCGGGUAUCCGUCGGGAUUCAUUGUCUGCCAUCGCCAGAAAUCCGUACCUUUAGAAGACAUGAACGUGAAUGAACAAAAAUUUCACCAACGUACUGUUGUACGAAGAUAUAAAAUAUAAUUAAUUUAUAUAUAUAUAUAAAUGAAUUGCUGUUCGUUAGUCUCGGUAAAACUCGAGAACGGCUGGACCGAUUUGGCUAAUUUUGGUCUUGAAUUAUUUGUGGAAGUCCAGAGAUGGUUUAAAAGGUAGAUUAAUAUGAAAAUGCUGAAUUAAAUAAAAAUAACAAUUUUGUUUUCCCUUUGAUGUGUCCUCCGUCGGACGGAUUCCUUUUGUUUUUUAAGUUUAUUUUAUACAGAAGUUUAGGUCUUUUGUUUAUCAAUUGAGGCACUAUGAAGUCUGCCGGGUCAGCUAGUAUAAAAAUAAAAUCAUUAUCAUUUUUUUUUUCAUUAAUCAAUGGAAGACGUUGUUCAGAUUGGAUAAACAUUCAAAACGCAAAAUUUGGUUUUGUCGAGUAAUUGUCGCCUAUCGAUAUGCUUCUGUCCAACUGAUUUAUUAUGUUCUAAUUAAAUUGAAACUGACCAUUCGAAGGUGCUGACGGAUUUUGCUUAGUUCAGUACUUUUACAUACCUUGCAUAAUAUGUACUUUUGUAAUAAUAUGAAUGAAUGAGUGAAUGGUUUUUUUUCUUAUUAUUAUAUCUUUAUAUAAAUAAUUCUACUAUACGUGUGUAUAUCACUGAACUCCUAAACGGCUGCACCAAUUUGAAUGAUUUUUUUGUAUGCGUUUGGGUGGCGCCUUAGAUGGUUUAGAAUUUAGAUUAACAAAUCAGCCGAUCAGAUGGCGCUGCAGUCGAUAUCUAGGUUAUUUAUCUAUACUGCAACUAAACGGCUGGAUCGACUUGAAUGAUUUUUUUCAUGAGAACGUCUGUCGGGUCCGUCAGUGUAUUUAUAUAUUUUAAUGUGUAUUUUUGUGUAUAUCUACUGACACAGCCGAACUCAAUGUAUACUUAUGACAUAUACAUCGCACAGUGAAUUCUAAUACGGCUCUCCUUAUUGUUAGACUGGAGAGUCAGAAUAGAACCUAGCGAGUUCACACUAUACUAGUUUUAUGAACUUUUAUAUUUAGUAAUUGAAAAUUUCGAUGACUCUUUGUAAGGUUUUUUUUCCUUUAGAAGCGGUUGUCUACCUGUCUGUCCGAUAUAUUAUUUUAUAAAACCUUCGAUUGAUAUUAAAAUAGAACGAUAUUCUACGUU